AGGGUUCCAGUGGUUCUGAUGGUCCCAAUGGUUCUGAUGGUCCUAGUGGUUCUGAGGGUCCCAAUGGUUCUGAGGGUUCCAAUGGUUCUGAGGGUCCCAAUGGUUCUGAUGGUCCUAGUGGUUCUGAGGGUCCCAAUGGUUAUGAGGGUUCCAAUGGUUCUUAGGGUCCCAAUGGUUCUGAAGGUUCCAGUGGUUCUGAGAGUUCCAAUGGUUCUGAGGGUUCCAAUGGUUCUCAUGGUCCCAAUAGUUCUGAUGGUCCUAGUGGUUCUGAGGGUCCUAGUGCUUCUGAGUGUUCCAGUGGUUCUGAUGGUCCCAAUGGUUCUGAUGGUCCUAGUGGUUCUGAGGGUCCCAAGGGUUCUGAGGGUCCCAAUGGUUCUGAUGGUCCUAGUGCUUCUGAGUGUUCCAGUGGUUCUGAGGGUUCCAAUUGUUCUGAGGGUCCCAAUGGUUCUGAGGGUCCAAGUGGUUCUGAUGGUCCCAAUGGUUCUGAGGGUCCCAAGGGUUCUUAAGGUCCCAAUGGUUCUGAUGGUCCUAGUGCUUCUGAGUGUUCCAGUGGUUCUGAGGGUUCCAAUUGUUCUGAGGGUCCCAAUGGUUCUGAGGGUCCAAGUGGUUCUGAGGGUCCCAAUGGUUCUGAGGGUCCCAAGGGUUCUUAAGGUCCCAAUGGUUCUGAUGGUCCUAGUGCUUCUGAGUGUUCCAGUGCUUCUGAGUGUUCCAGUGGUUCUGAGGGUCCCAAUGGUUCUGAGGGUCCCAAUGGUUCUGAUGGUCCUAGUGGUUCUGAUGGUGCCAAUGGUUCUGAGGGUCCCAAUGGUUCUGAGGGUCCCAAUGGUUCUGAUGGUCCCAAUGGUUCUGAUGGUCCCAGUGGUUCUGAGGGUUCCAAUGGUUCUGAUGGUCCUAGUGCUUCUGAGGGUCCCAGUGGUUCUGAUGGUUCUGAUGGUCCUAGUGGUUCUGAGGGUCCCAAUGGUUCUGAUGGUCCUAGUGGUUCUGAGGGUCCCAAUGGUUCUGAGGGUUCCAAUGGUUCUGAGGGUCCCAAUGGUUCUGAUGGUCCUAGUGGUUCUGAGGGUCCCAAUGGUUCUGAGGGUCCCAGUGGUUCUGAUGGUCCCAAUGGUUCUGAUGGUCCCAGUGGUUCUGAGGGUCCCAAUGGUUCUGAUGGUCCUAGUGCUUCUGAGGGUUCCAGUGGUUCUGAUGGUCCCAAUGGUUCUGAUGGUCCUAGUGGUUCUGAGGGUCCCAAUGGUUCUGAGGGUCCCAAUGGUUCUGAUGGUCCUAGUGGUUCUGAGGGUCCCAAUGGUUCUGAUGGUCCUAGUGGUUCUGAGGGUUCCAAUGGUUCUGAGGGUCCUAGUGCUUCUGAGGGUUCCAAUGGUUCUGAGGGUCCUAGUGCUUCUGAGGGUUCCAAGGGUUCUGAUGGUCCUAGUGGUUCUGAGGGUCCCAAUGGUUCUGAGGGUUCCAAUGGUUCUGAGGGUCCCAAUGGUUCUGAUGGUCCUAGUGGUUCUGAGGGUCCCAAUGGUUCUGAGGGUCCCAGUGGUUCUGAUGGUCCCAAUGGUUCUGAUGGUCCCAGUGGUUCUGAGGGUCCCAAUGGUUCUGAUGGUCCUAGUGCUUCUGAGGGUUCCAGUGGUUCUGAUGGUCCCAAUGGUUCUGAUGGUCCUAGUGGUUCUGAGGGUCCCAAUGGUUCUGAGGGUCCCAAUGGUUCUGAUGGUCCUAGUGGUUCUGAGGGUCCCAAUGGUUCUGAUGGUCCUAGUGGUUCUGAGGGUUCCAAUGGUUCUGAGGGUCCUAGUGCUUCUGAGGGUUCCAAUGGUUCUGAGGGUCCUAGUGCUUCUGAGGGUUCCAAGGGUUCUGAUGGUCCUAGUGCUUCUGAGUGUUCCAGUGGUUCUGAGGGUUCCAAUGGUUCUAAGGGUCCCAAUGGUUCUGAUGGUCCUAGUGGUUCUGAGGGUUCCAAUGGUUCUGAUGGUCCUAGUGCUUCUGAGGGUUCCAGUGGUUCUGAUGGUCCCAAUGGUUCUGAUGGUCCUAGUGGUUCUGAGGGUCCCAAUGGUUCUGAUGUUCGUAGUGGUUCUGAGGGUCCCAAUGGUUCUGAUGGUUCAAUGGUCCUGAGGGUUCUAAAAGUUCUUGGGUCUUUC